UUGGCGAGACUGGAAGAUCCUCGUCUUCUUUCUUCCUUCUCUAUAUUAGUACGUACAUUAUGGCUCUCAGGUCGCCCUAGACUUGGUCCAUUCCCCCCUACUAGCGUUAGACAUUCAUAUAAUUCCUUCAUUAUGGCGCGCAUGCCAGUGAUUGGACGGCUAUUUUGGUUCGAGUAUCUAGCUCUGUUUGCUUCCCUGAUUCUGGUGCUGCUAGAAUGGAUUAUCCACGUUAUUACAUUUUGUCUUCCUGAAACGGUGAUUGCGUUCUUCUACGACCGGUCAAAAACGAUUUUCAAUCUCUUCAUUACCCCCGAGGAUGAAGGCAAGCGCAGUAAAGAAGAACAGAUUGCGAUAGCAGUCGCCCAAGCGUCCGACUUUGUAGACAUAUGCGCUCUGUUCGGUUACCAGACUGAAGAGCAUAUCGUCCAGACUGGCGAUGGCUACCUUCUUGGUCUUCAUCGCUUAGCCUACCGGAGAGGCGAGGAGAACAUGCACGUGAAUCAAGGAAAAGGGGGCAUCCGAAAGAAGGUCGUCUUCCUCCACCACGGACUUAUGAUGUGCAGUGAGGUUUGGGUGUGUUUGUCGGAAGAACAACGGUGUCUCCCCUUUCAAUUGGUGGAAAGGGGCUAUGACGUGUGGUUUGGGAACAAUCGCGGCAAUAAGUACUCGAAAAAGUCCGUUCGAUUUUCGCCGGGGUCCAACGAGUUCUGGGAUUUCUCUAUCGAUCAGUUUGCCUUCCAUGAUAUUCCCGACAGUAUCAACUAUAUCUUGGACGUGACGGGUCAGCCUUCACUGUCCUACGUUGGGUUCUCGCAGGGCACGGCUCAGGCGUUUGCGACGCUGUCCAUACACCCCCUGCUGAACCAGAAGGUCGAUGUCUUUGUGGCUCUUGCACCCGCCAUGGCGCCUACGGGCUUGCCGAACCAUUUUGUUGACUCGCUGAUGAAGGCCUCGCCCAAUUUCUUAUUCCUUCUAUUCGGCCGACGUAGCAUCCUCAGUUCGACGACGAUGUGGCAGACGAUUCUCUAUCCGCCCAUCUUCGUCCGGAUCAUCGACAAGUGUCUCGACGGUCUCUUCAACUGGAAAUGCCGGAACAUCAGUCGCUGGCAAAAGCUUGCCGGGUACCUACACCUGUUUUCCUUCUCCAGCACCAAGUCUGUUGUCCAUUGGUUUCAGAUCAUCCGACACAAGAACUUCCAGUUCUACGACGACGAGGUCCAAGCUCCGUUCAGCAUUGUCGCCAGCGAGCGAUUCUACAAACCUGUCAAGUACCCUACCAAGAACAUCAAGACGCCCAUUGUGCUUCUGUACGGGGGCAAUGACAGCUUAGUUGACAUUAAUGUUAUGUUGCAGGAGCUGCCCCGCGGGACCACGGCCAAGAUUAUCCCCAAGUACGAGCAUCUGGAUUUCCUGUGGGCGGUGGAUGUAGAGGAGCAGGUGUUCAGCCAUGUCUUCGAGGCACUCGAGCGGUAUAGCGGCAUCAACCAGGUUGAAGGGCCGGCGCGAAGUCUGAUCAAUCACCUCAAUGGGGAUGCGGGGCGUGCGAUCGCGAUUUAGAGGAUUAGAUAGCCUAGGCUAUGAUUCGUGCGAUUUUAUAUACCGGGAGUUUUGGCUUAGCGGGCGUCGAUAAUGGCGUCGUGUGAAUAGAAUCGAUUAAUAGAUUACUAGCAUGUAACCUGGGAGGAGGCUAUAGUAACUCAUAUUAUGAUAUUAUCCACGUAUGACUCCUGAGCGAGAUAUAUAUACUACUGGUCGGCGCCCCCUCCCCUACUCGUCUGAUUGAUUUAGCGCCCCGGUCUCGAGUUACAGAUGGAACUGUUGGACCUAUCCAUCGCAUGAACGCUGCGUCCAGUUAUUGGUUUGUUUAGUGCCUGAUAGCCCAGUCGAUUCGACAGGAAGAACGGAAAGGCGGGGGGGGGAGGGGGAAGAAAUGGAAAAAGAAGGGCUUCGGCAGUCCACCCUGAUAGUUGGGCAAAAAAAAGGUGAUAGGUAAAAAAAGCACGUCUUUGGAAUUUAGGCGACUGGGAAAGAAUGUUUCAGGAUAUCACUAGUAGUACCACAUACUACCAGAUAUGAGGGAAUUGAAGAGGGGGAUAAGAGG